AUGAAUGCUCCAGAAGUAGCCACGAUAUCGGUGACACUGAUUGCCACCUACAAGAUCAAGGAUCAGGACAAGUUAGAAGAAGUGCGUUCUCUGGUCAGUCAGUUUGUCGCCAAGGUCCGUUCAAAGGAACAAGAUACCUGCUUGCAGUACACUUGGUCAUUGGGUCCAGACAAUCGUCUCUGCUGUCUAGAAUCCUACAAAGAUGUCGAGGGUGUUCUGAAACACCUAGAGAAUGUCGGGUCGCUAUUUGGACCCUUUGUAGCAUUGGUGGAGUUCGAACAAAGUCAAGUCCACGCUACUGCGGCUGUUAUUCAAGAGAUUCGACAGACUCCUAUUGGUCGAUGGAGUCCAGCCUACUUUGAAGUCAUAGGAGAGUAG